AAGACAACAGAAAUCUGUCCUUAAAAGGAAAAUACUAUGUAAUUGGAAACCAGAAAAACUGAAAAAGCCCCCGUUGCAGAUCUGCUGCGUAACAGUGUAGGAGAUGCAGUGGUACGUCGUCGCUGGGCUUCUCACCAUCCUCACCAGCUCUCAGGGAAUUUUGACUACAUUGUCACAGAGUAAUGGGGGAUACAAAUAUGACUAUGCAACCAUUCCUUUUCUUGCUGAAGUGUUCAAGCUUAUUGUAUCUGCUCUUCUUCUUUGGAGGGAGAUCAAGACAUCAACUCCACCAAGAAUGACAACAGACUGGAAGAGUGUUCGUUUGUACCCUAUUCCAUCGAUCAUAUACCUCAUCCACAAUAAUGUUCAAUUUGCUACACUGACGUACGUGGAUACCUCCACCUAUCAAAUAUUGGGCAAUCUAAAGAUUGUCACAACUGGGAUAUUGUUCAGGCUGUUCUUGAAGAGGAAACUUUCUAAUUUGCAGUGGCUGGCAAUUGUCCUUUUGGCUGUAGGAACAACAACAAGCCAGGUUAAAGGCUGUGGAGGCGCUUCAUGUGACUCUGUCUUCUCAUCACCAAUUCAAGGGUACAUGUUGGGGAUAUUGUCAGCUUGUCUUUCUGCAUUAGCUGGCGUGUAUACGGAAUUCUUGAUGAAGAAGAACAAUGACAGUUUAUACUGGCAAAAUGUUCAAUUAUACACGUUUGGUUCAAUAUUCAACAUGGGACAUCUACUGUUGGAUGAUUUCAGAGGCGGAUUUGAGAAAGGACCAUGGUGGGAACGGCUUUUCAAUGGAUACACCAUUAUAACAUGGAUGGUGGUGCUAAAUCUGGGUUCCACUGGGCUUCUUGUUUCCUGGUUGAUGAAAUAUGCUGACAACAUAGUGAAGGUGUAUUCCACUUCAAUGGCGAUGCUAUUAACAAUGGUGUUAUCUGUAUUCCUCUUUAGUUUCAAGCCCACAUUGCAGCUCUUUUUGGGGAUUAUCAUUUGCAUUACGUCUCUGCAUAUGUAUUUUGCCCCUGCAAACAUGCUUGUAGAUUUGCCAUUGACUGCAAAAGUGGGUCCUCAGACUGUAAUUGACGUUUCUGUUGAUCGAAAAUCAGAUUCCUGAUGGUUCAUCUUCAUUGAAGCAAAACAUUUCUGUGGUAUCAAUGGUAUGUUUACAUUUUCAAAGAAAA